UCGAUGUGGCUGCGGCGCCAUUGUUUAAAACACAAAAAAUGUCGUCUGUUACAGGAAUAAGAUUCGAAUCACUUAUCCAUAGUUUACAUGAACUUCAAAAUGAGAAAAAUUGCUUGGAACAAAGGUUCAAUGAGAAGAAAACCCAGUCGGAAAAUUUGGAAAAACAAGUAGAGCAAUGCAAUGUGAAGUUAUUUCAAGCAAGGGAGAUGUACCAGAAAAUGUUAGAGACCCAGAAAGUUGCUCAACAGAAAGUGGCUCAGACCCAGGCACAAGUAGACUGCAGUAUGCACGAGUCCAACAAAGUAUUCAGUGACAAGAUCAAGGACCUGAACAUUAAAAUAAAGGAGGAAAGAGAAAGAGCAAGCAAAAACGUACAAGACUUUGACAAACACAUGUCAGCAUUAGCAGAUUCACUGGUGUCUGCCCGGAAAUUUUAUAAAACUGAAGUCUUGCAACAGCGAGUUCAAGAGAUAGAGAACAAAUUGCAAAGCAGUUCAAAGCAAGAUGAAGACAACAGAGAAGAGGUGAUCGUGCUAACCAAAACUUUGGAAAACCUCCAACUGACUCAAGCAGCUCCUUAUUCCAAAAGUGAUGGUGUACCUUACGAAGAGCGCCUUCUCUUCUGGAGCCUUUUGGAACAAGAAGAAAGGGAAGUAUCACUGUAUCUGCAGAAACUUCAAGCAGAAAGGCAAACAUUAUGUACUCUAUUACAAGUCUCUGUUCCUGAAUAGGAUAUGUCCUUCUCAUAUAAAGAGGUGCAUUACCAGUUCAACAACACAAGCACUAAUAUGGAUCUUUUAAAAUAAACUGUUGUUAAAAUUAGUUUCAAGAUAGCAAUGCAGAAUGAUUUUUAAUGCCAGAAUUGAGCCAUGUUUUAUCCUUGUUUUGCUUAUUUAGCACCAGAUUGUUUUCAUGUUUGCUCCAAAAAUGUCUAAUUAUUUUCAGCUUUAAAUUAGACUUAAAUUAAAUUAGACAUAUGAAAAACA